AUGAUCAAACUUUGGUCUUCCGCAUAUUUGUCUCGUCAAUUGCAUUUUUUGGGAGGUCACAUUUCUAUAACUGAAGCAAGCGCUCGUGCAUGGAUUGAAGCGUUCUUCUUCCGUGCAUCUGCAAUGCUGCCAUCAAAUACGCGCAUGGUACUCAACAUGAAACAGGAUGUUCCAGCCACGAUUGUCAGUCUGUCGAGUUUGUCGACCCUUUUUAUAGAUUACACUGCCAUAGUAGCAAGUCAACGCGACGCUAAUUUCUAUGUGAAAUCUAUGAGCCCUUAUGAAAUGAAGAUGAGUAUGCCACGGAGCUUCUUCGUUAUAGACGCUAAGCUUUGCAAUCCCUCAGACGAUGUUCCUCAGGCAGUAUGUAAGAUGUUCGCAUACGGAAAGUUCCUCGAGCAGAAAGUCAUCCGCGGUGCUCUGGUCAAUGGAUAUGACUGGAUCUUCAUCCUCAUGACGCUCAACGACAAUUAUGACGGAGCCUCUGCUUCGUACCAUAAAUUUACCCUCUCAUUCCACAAACCACUCGCCCACCUCGCCUGUGAAACCUCCCUCCCGUCAUUCUCACCAUCAUCCUCGUCAUCCUCGUCGUUGUCGCCCACCUCUCCUAACUCAAACUGCGUCAACCCACGACGACGACACGAGGAUCUACAAUGGAAUCGACAAUCGCUACUUCGGCCGAGGUCAUCCUCGCUGAGCAUGCAACGAAGCACGCAGACCUUCAGCUGCUGCAAUUUACCAAUGUUGUGCCAUAGCCGGCUAUAAAGCUGCACGAGUAUGGUGAACCGAAUGCAAAUGCGAGGUGGGUCAAUUGCGGGAGCAUCGCAAAAUUCGCUGCCUAGGCCAUCAACUACCCCCAGGUAUAAUG